AUGGGGAAGGAGCAGCAGCGCGAGGCGGCGCAGUGUCGCGGUGGGAACAGCGCGGUGGCGGCGCCCCCGAGGCGCGGGCGCUGGUUCGACGAGGAGCCGCCCACCACGACGGCUGCGGCGGCGGCGGGGCGCGCGGGGUGGAGGUGCCGGUCCUGCGCGGCGGUGGCGAUCGCGGACUGUGUCGCGCUGGGGUGCUGCCCGUGCGCGGUCGUCAGCCUGCUUGGGCUGGCGCUCGUCAAGGCGCCGCUCGUCGUGGGCCGCCGCUGCGUCGGCCGCCUCAGGAGGCGCCGCCGCUUCCUGCUGCACAAGAAGCGGGUGCGCGACGUCGCCGCGGCCUCCGCGGCGGCGGCGGGUGCCAAGGCGGAGACGCUUCCUCCGCCCGGCGCCGCGGCCGUUGCGGCGACCGCGCCGGCGCCGGGCCAGGCCGAGGCUGCGGAGCUGGCGUGGCUGGACGAGAUGUACCGGGUGGGGCAUUGGGGCUUCGGCCGCGUGUCCUUCUCGGGGAAGACCCCGUGA